CUUGAACUUCACUCGAGCUUGCAAUAGAUCCUCAAUCCAAGGCAAAUCAGAGAGGAGAAAGAAACUAAAAAACAAUUGAAAUGAAAAAGCUGAUAAACAAUUCAUUGAAUCGCACUUUCUUCUCGUAAUGCGUUUCUAUCACGUUGAAGCCGCCAAGAAACGUGUUUCCUGAGGAAACAUUUCGCGAUCUUUCUUCAGUUUCCAGGCUUCGUUGAUUUCUGUGCAUACCAAUACUUUUUAAUUUCCCAUAGAUUUAUUAUAUAUCUCGAAUCGCUCUUCUUUCCAUGGAGGUUCAAGCCGAAAUGGAGCCUAGCUCGUCCAUUAGUUUAAUCUCAGCAGUUUCAUAUGGCAUUGCUUCAAUGGCAAUGGUUUUUAUCAACAAAGCUGUGAUUAUGCAGUAUCCACAUUCGAUGACUGUUCUUACACUACAGCAAUUGGCUACUUCUUUGCUUAUACACUUUGGUAGACGAAUGGGAUACACAAGAGCCAAAGGAAUCGACAUGGCCACUGCGAAAAAGCUUCUCCCUGUUUCCAUCUUCUACAAUGCUAAUGUUGCAUUUGCUCUUGCAAGCUUGAAGGGUGUCAAUAUUCCAAUGUAUAUCGCCAUUAAGAGACUCACUCCACUUGCUGUUUUGAUUGCCGGGUAUCUCUUUGGUAAAGGCAAACCAACAACUCAGGUUGCUCUAUCUGUACUACUGACGGCUGCAGGUUGUGUAAUUGCAGCUCUUGGAGAUUUUUCUUUUGAUCUUUUCGGGUAUGGUUUGGCUUUAACAUCGGUCUUUUUCCAGACAAUGUACCUUGUGCUGGUUGAGAAGUCUGGUGCAGAAGAAGGGCUUUCCUCGAUCGAGAUAAUGUUCUAUAACAGCUUCCUUUCCCUCCCUUUUUUGUCCUUCCUCAUCAUAGUUACCGGCGAAUUCCCAAACUCCAUAUCGUUAUUACUAGCAAAGUGUUCUUAUUUGCCGUUCUUGGUGAUUCUCAUUCUUUCACUGGUUAUGGGCAUUGUCCUCAACUUCACCAUGUUUCUUUGCACCAUUGUGAACUCUGCUUUAACAACAACCAUCGUUGGUGUCCUCAAAGGCGUUGGUUCCACUACGCUCGGUUUUGUACUCUUGGGUGGUGUUGAAGUACAUGCUUUGAACGUGUCCGGUUUAGUGGUUAACACGGCUGGUGGUGUGUGGUACUCGUACGCCAAGUACCGGCAGAAAAAGGCUAAACCAGCUAAGCUAUUGUCUGAUUUGGAAGCUCACAAAAAAUGAGAAUUUUUGGUCCGAUUCGGUUUGCACAUCAAUAUGUCCUUGUUGGGAACUUGGGAUAGUUAUAUUUUGAUAGUCCUACACUAUCGAGAUGUAAGAGACUAGAGACUAAAACGAGACAUUUUAAACACAUCGCGAAAUGUUUCCAGAUAGUGUAGUGAUACAAUAUAUAUGUUUUCCUAAA